UGUGCCUGCGGACCAAUCGUGAGUUAGAGAGGCGUGGCUGGGCGCCGGUGGCGGGAAGUUUUCGGGGUGCUGUAUUGUAGGGAAGACUCCUCGGUCAGAGAGUACAGGCAGCCCCGGUAGUGGCGGACCUCAGUGUCGCCCGUCAUGGAUAACUUCCAGAAAGUGGAGAAGAUCGGGGAGGGCACGUACGGGGUGGUGUACAAAGCUCGGAACCGGGAGACCGGAGAGGUGGUGGCGCUAAAGAAGAUCCGCCUGGACACGGAGACAGAAGGGGUCCCAAGCACAGCUAUUCGAGAAAUUUCUCUCCUUAAAGAACUCAGUCAUCCUAACAUAGUCAAGCUAUUGGAUGUAAUUCACACAGAAAAUAAACUCUACCUUGUAUUUGAGUUUCUCAACCAAGAUUUGAAGAAGUUUAUGGACGGCUCUACUAUCCCAGGAAUCCCAUUGGCUCUUGUUAAAAGUUAUCUGUUCCAGUUAUUGCAAGGCUUGGCAUUCUGCCAUUCGCACCGUGUUCUACACCGUGACUUGAAGCCGCAAAACUUACUAAUCAAUUCAGAUGGUGCUAUAAAGCUUGCAGACUUUGGACUUGCCCGAGCCUUUGGGGUGCCUGUGAGAACCUACACGCAUGAGGUAGUCACGCUCUGGUACAGAGCUCCAGAAAUUCUUCUUGGCUGCAAGUACUACUCAACAGCUGUAGAUAUAUGGAGUCUGGGUUGUAUAUUUGCAGAAAUGAUCACCAGAAGAGCUUUGUUCCCAGGGGACUCAGAAAUUGACCAGCUUUUCCGUAUUUUUCGCACACUGGGAACUCCUGAUGAGGCUUCCUGGCCAGGCGUUACUUCUAUGCCAGAUUAUAAAUCCACUUUCCCAAAGUGGGCUCGGCAAGACUUCAGCAAAGUGGUUCCACCGUUGGAUGAAGAUGGCAGAGAUCUUUUAGCUCAAAUGCUCCAAUAUGAUUCCAAUAAGCGGAUCUCUGCUAAGGCUGCCCUAACGCAUCCUUUCUUCCGUGAUGUCAGCAGGCCUGCUCCACACCUGAAUUAGACUAAUGGCAUAUAAAGAAAAUCUGUAAUGGCAAGGCAUUGGUUGCUUCGACAUGUAAAAUGGGACUUAAUUUGAAUGAUACGGUGUGUGUCAUGCCCUGCUAUUUAUUACCCUAUACCGCAGUGUCCAUCCAAAUGGCUAUUGGAAGGACUGAUUUUUGUACAGACGACUGACAAGGUAUUUUAGACACUGCUAGUAUGCCCCCUUCCCACUUUCAACUGUUUUUCAUGUUGUUUCUAUAUUUGAGCAAUACAGACUUUUUAUUGUUCCUAAAACUUUGUGCAUUUUAUUUGUAUAAACUAACUUGUAACUGUGCUGCACUGUAAAAAUAUGUUUUGUGUACCACAAACUUCAUUGCCUAGACACAUUGAGGUGUAUUUGUAAAAAUAAAAAAUGGUGCACAACAGUUUGCCCAAUGACGGUGCAUAUGCACUCAGCCAUUCUGUGCGAAUGGGG